GUUGAAAGCAUUUGUGAAAAUAAAAUUUUGAUAAUAUAGAAAUAAAGUUCAAGAACAAAUAAUGAAAGGUGUCUUUAUUUUACUGGUGGUCGUAUGUUCGGCAUUUGCGACUCCUACUUGUCCAAAAGAAAAUCCCUUAGGCGAAGAUGUUCUCUUAUCUGCAGAAGAUUGUCAACAUUUUUAUAAAUGUGAUAACGGAAAAGCGUAUUUAAUGGAAUGUCCAGCAAACGAAGAAUGGGGCCAAGAACUUCAACGUUGUGAUUGGCCAGAAGUUGCCCAAUGUACACUAUCGUCAUCAAGUCCUACACAAACAAGCCCCACGCCUACUCCAUCAGAAAACCCAUCACCAACACCAACGACAGCAACGCCAAAGCCAACCACACCUGCUUAUGUUAACUGUCCACAAGAAAAUCCUAUUGGAGAAGAUGUUCUUUUACCUGCUCCAGAUUGUCAACACUUUUAUAAAUGUGACCAUGGCAAAGCCUAUUUAAUGCCGUGCCCAGCAAAUCAAGAAUGGAGUCAAGAAUUGAAACGUUGUGAUUGGCCCGAAGUUGCUCAAUGUACCCCAUCGUCAUCAAAUAUACCAAAUCCUAAGCCUACUACUUCCGAAACAACCUCAUCGAUAUCAACACCAAAACCCACUUCACCACCAAAUGUUAGCUGUCCUCCAGAGAAUCCCGAAGGUGAAGAUGUUCUUUUACCAGCUGAAGAUUGUCAACACUUCUACAAAUGUGAUCAUGGCAAACCAACUUUACAAGAAUGUCCGGAAAAUUUAGAAUGGAGUCAAGAACUUCAGCAAUGUGACUGGCCAGAAGUUGCUCAAUGUACACCAUCAUCAAAUACAACAAGUACCGCUCCUUCAUCAUCAACUGACACACCAACAGUAACAACUCCAAGAACACCAACAUCAAAACCAACAACACCAAAAAAUCCCAGUAAUAUUUGCCCAUCAGACAAUGGAGAAUAUGAAACUUUGUUACCAAUUCCUGGAGUAUGUGAUAAAUUUUACAAAUGUGAUUUUGGUGAUGCUAAAGUAGAAGAUUGUCCACCAGGUACCAAAUUUUCGCAUAUAAUGUUGCGUUGUGAUUUCCCUGAUGUUGCCAAUUGCGUAGAAGGUGUAACAGGAAUGGAAAGUUAAGAACCGGGUACUAUUUUAAUCGUAUUUCCGAGUAUUAUUAUAAUUUUUUUUUUAAAUCAUAUUUAUUAUUUUUUUUAUUAAAUAAA